AUGCAAGGAGGGGUGCGAAGACCUUCAUGCCCAAUCUGUAAUUGGGAUAUCGAGAUUAAUAGAGAAGAACUUGCCCUAGCUUUAGGUAUGUAUCAUAUAGCGUCUAAUGAUCAUUAUAAGGGACAGGCUUCCCAACAAUCGAAUGUAACCAUCACCGAUGAAGAUGAUGACGGCGGUUUGGAGAUUAUGCGAAGUAUGGGGUUGAUAGAAGAGGACGAAGUCACAGUUACGGCUGGGCAAACAAAACAAGUUAAUACAGAGGAUCAUGGAACAAACCCGAUCGAUCAAGAUAAUACAAACGAGACCACAGAUUCUACUACAUCAACACUCAAACGCCCCAACCCAUUAGCUUUCAAUAAUUCGCAGUCUACUAAAAAAGUUAAAAAGAGUGACGAGAAGAAGGAUGAGUCAAAGACUCGAAAUGGAGUUUCCUCGAAUGUAGCAAAGAAGCUUAUAGAGGAAUUAUCUACCGAAACGUCCCAGAUAUCGGAAGUUAGUGAAGAGCGGAGCUCAUGCCAAGGCAUAUAA